AUGGAUGCAUAUAUUGAUGAGGAGGCUGAUUUGUUACCUAUUUGCCAAUACACUGGCAAAGUGUCAUUGUUAGCGGAUUGGGUAUGUGGCAUAACUAAUAUCGGACAAUGUUUUGAGGGUGGGGCGGGGGAAUUUCGCAAGGUACUCAGCAAGUACGCCAUCAAAUGUGGGUUUCAAUUUAAGUUCACAAAGAACGACUUAGUUCAAAUUACGGCGGAAUGCAUGUUUAAGGAGUCAAAGGGAUGUCUAUGGUCCAUCCAUGCGAGGGUCUUGAAUGCGAAUGGAUAUUUUUACCUCAAAAAAUGGCACCGUGAGCACACUUGUGGGAUCGCUGUGUGUACUGACCAAAACCCGAGGAUGGGGUCUGGACUAGUUGCUGAUGUUAUUACAAAACAUGUACACGACAAACCAUUGACUUGCCCAACCGAUGUCAAAUAUGAUUUCAAAAAAGAAUACGGUUUGCAAAUUAGUUACCGUGUAGUUUGGUUGGGGGUUGAAAAAGCGAGAGGAGGACGUUACGGUGAUAAUUCGAUAUCGUUCGACCAACUAUGUUGGUAUAGCAAUGCUGUUAUGGAAUAUAAUCCGGGGAGUUAUAUUAAUCUUGAUUUUGAUGAACACAACACCCGUCGUUUUAAUAGGCUUUUCAUAUCAUUCAAAGCAUGUAUUGAUGGGUUUAACCACUAUCGCCCACUAUUGUUUUUGGAUGGUACAUUUUUGAAAGGGAGAUUCAAGGGAAAUCUACUUGCGGUGACCGCAAAAGAUGGAAACCAAGGUUUGUUCCCAGUUGCUUUUGCAAUUGUCGAUUCGAAAAACGCUGCGAAUUAG